UUAGUAACAUAUAAUUAUGGUUAAAUUUGACUUCAAAGGGCUCAUAGCCCCUGUUUUUACAAUUUUCAACCAAGAUUUGACCGUUAAUACAAGUACUAUUCCAAAUUAUGCCAAAUACUUGUUGAAUUCUGGAAUAAAAGGAAUCUUAGUUCAUGGAACUACUGGUGAGGGUCCCGCUAUGACUGUGGCGGAAAGAAAAUUGGUAACGGAAGCAUGGGUAAAGGCCGUUAAAGAAACCAAACAACAUCUGAUGAUCCAAGUAGGAGGUGCUCCAUUGCCCGACGUCCUUGAAUUGGCUAGACACGCGGAAAAACUCGGCGUUGACUCCCUUCUGUGCCUUCCCGAACUUUAUUUUAAGCCAACAACGCCUGCUGAACUGACAGAUUACCUUAAACUGGUAGGCGAUGCCGCACCCAAAACUCCUUUGCUCUAUUAUCAUAUUCCCAUGUUCACCAAUGUCAAUGUGCAUAUGGGACAGUUUUUGGAGUACGUAGCAGGAAAAAUUCCUAACUUCCGCGGAAUUAAAUUUACUUCAAAUAAUUUAGACGAGGGCAUGCAAGCUGUUAAGGCUAACAAUGGUCAGUUUGCUGUUUUCUUGGGUGCUGAUACUUUGCUAGCAGGAGCUUUGGCAUUAGGAUUUGAUUCGGCUAUCGCUACAUCUUUGAACAUAUUCCCCCAAUACUCAGUUCAAAUAAUGGAAGCAUGCAAGGCAUCGCGAUUGGAGGAAGCAAAGAAAACUCAGGAAAAACUAACUGCGGCGUGUAGUAUUAUUACCAAAAACGGUGGAUGGGUCCCAACGAUGAAAGUUGCAAUGAACGUUGCUACACCUAUAAAUGUAGGAAUGGCACGUGCUCCUUUGAAGAAUCUUACCCAACAACAUAUUUUGGAAAUGAAGCAAUCUCUUAGCAGUUUUCUUUAAUAUGUAUACACCUUGUAUAUUGUAUUGUUAUUUUUAUAUAUUGUUAUGUUAGAUGAAUGCUUUGUUUUAAGAGUUAGUUAUAUGAUUCUUUAAAUGUUAACCAUCUCUACCAGCAAAACUUUAUUCAUCCAGAA